ACCUUUAUCUAUUGUCAUUGUCGUUGCCGAGGUCCUAAUGCUGCGGUCAGCCCCACUUGUUCUUGUUCUGUGUUUAAUAUUAUAAAAACCAAUAGUCAAUAGCAGUUGACAUCAAACAACACUCAGCAACUUGUUCGACAAUACAAAAUGAUCGCAAAAAUCGUAAUAAUCGGCGUCUUCAUGAGCGCUGCUAAGGCCGGUCUUUACCAUGGUCACGGUCAAGCCGUCUCCUCUCAGAGCAUAAUACGUCACGACGGAGGCUACGCUCCCUCAGCUCAUUACGCUCCUGAUACCUAUGUUGUUCCUCUCGAACAAUACGCCACCCCUCUGGAAUACGCCGGCCAAUAUGACGGUCACGAUGAAUAUGCGCACCCCAAGUACGACUUCGCGUACUCAGUAGCUGACCCCCACACCGGCGACCACAAGUCCCAGCAUGAGUCCCGCGACGGUGACUCCGUACAUGGCUACUAUUCUCUUGUCCAACCAGAUGGCUCUGUCCGCAAAGUCGAGUACACUGCAGACGACCAUAAUGGAUUUAACGCGGUAGUUCACAACUCAGCCCCGUCUAUCCACCCCUACUAUCACAAUUAUUAAGCAUUGUAGUGUAAGUAUCGAUACAAGAAGUGCCAAAUUAUAAUGAGAACUAAUAAAUUAUUUAUUUUGAUGCGAUCGUUUGUUAAUGAUAAUAAUUAGCAAUUUUAGUUUAGUUCCAUGAAUAUUUGACGGAUUUCCAUGUUGGUUAUGAAUAUUUAUGAUUCCACAUAUUGUUUAGUGGGUCGAACAUUGUUCAGCUUGCUAUAUAACGAAAAAUUAUUACGACUACAACAAUCAAUACUAUUAUAUUAAUGAUAGAUUUUGGCAACAAAUCAAUAACUCUGUUACUUCAUUCCAAGCCCUUCAAAUACGAACCACAGAUGAUUACGUGUCAAGUGUGAAGUGUUUUGAAAGUAAUAAUUAAUAAGUCAGUGUCAUUUGUAGAACAAUUACCUGCUGUGACGUUGCUAAUGUUAUUGCUCUAACCUAAUUGCUAAAACACAAUGUGUACGCUGUGAUCAUUCAUUACGGACUGUAUAAUUGUAUUAAAAUUAUUAGUUUCGCGAGGUUAAAAAUCAAAUAAAACGAGAACCAUAUUCGUGUUGAAAGAUCUGGUGUAAAUUAGAGUUAGACUAAAACAGGAACGUUUUGUUUAAUUACGUUUUUAUUAUUAUUUUAUCAGUUUUCGAGUGUAAACAUUUGAAAUGUUAAAAUUGUAAUUUUGUAGUAAAUAAAAGUAGUCUAUAAAGAUGAACAAUAAAACUACUAUCUGAA